GGUACUAAUGUUUAAUGAGAAUCAUUAAUAGGUAUUGUCAUUCAGUAAUAUCAUAAAAUAUGAAUAGUUUUGGAUUUGUAGCCGCUUUGGCGGUGGUUUGUUUGGCUAAGGUCGAAGCAGUACCAUGUGGUGGAUGUCCAUUACCUUGCUACGCACCACCAUUAGCUCCUCCAUGCCUUCCACUCCCAUGUCUUCCUGCCCCACCGUGCCUACCACUCCCAUGUCUUCCAGCCCCACCAUGCCUUCCACUCCCAUGUCUUCCAGCCCCACCAUGCUGUCCACCCCCAUGUCUUCCAGUCCCACCAUGCUUACCACCCACAUGUCUUCCAGCCCCACCAUGCCCACCAUGCAUUCCAUCUCCACCUAUUAGUCCAGCGGCACUAGCAUCUUUAUUGGCUACUCUUAAAGCUGCGGCACCUUACUCACCCCUUACCCCACUCCCUGUAGCUCCACCAUAUAAACCAGCUUAUGGACCAGCCCCAACCGUAGCUACAACCCUGUCAGUCCCCGCACCGGCACCUCAGGUCAUCGCUCCAGGACCAGCACCGGGACCAUUGAUAAUCCAAAUACCUUCAGUAGCCGGAAAGUGCGCACCGAUCGUCGUUCCCGCCGGUCCAGCCCCUAAUCUGGUCGUCAAGCUGACCCAAUGCCCAGCACCCGCCCCAAUCAUACUUCCGGGUGCGGCACCUGGACCUAUCGUCAUCAACGAUGGAAACGUAGUUAAGGAACAAUCUAUCACGUGCGCACCAGCUCCACAGUCGAACAAAAUAUUCUUCGCAUUGCCAGCCCCAUUACCGACUCCACCGGUCGUUUUGCCACCAGCGCCAUUACCAAAAGUAUUCUUCAACCCCGGUCUGUAUGUCCAAAAACCUGAUAUCGUUUACCAAACCCCAGUUGGUCUACCACAAUUGUUUUUGAUUCCGUCGCCAUACGGAUGUCCAGCACCGUGCUACCCACCACCCGGUCCAUGCAACCUUCCUCCAGUCCUCGCUAAGGUCCCUGCUUGCUGUUGUUAGUUUGUAACUAACAUUACUACCUACCUACGUAUCUGCGCUAUCAAUAUUACUAACAUUUAACAUUUACACGUCAAAAAAAUGUUAUUUAUAACAGAUUACAAAUUUAUUCUGUUAAGACAAAAAAGUUAUAUUAUGUAAAAUAUGACAAUAAAUCAUCGUCAUUACUCAUUAGUAAUGACUCGUUACCUAUAAAA